CCGAGAGAGGAUGAGGGAGGGAGGGAAAGGUCCUUCGGACAAUGAAACCAUAGAGCGGGAGAGGAGAGCGGCCCCGCCUAGGGCAGCCGCUCUGCCUCGCCGGGAGCCGGGAGAGCUCUAUGGUGCGUGGAGUGGGGGCUCCAGCCGUAGAGCGGAGCGGCGUCGGGCCCAGCUGGGAGGCCUCGUGGUGUAAGUGACUCUGCUAUCCUCAGUUCCUUUGUCCGGUCAGCAUCAAGUGGAUUCCAGCAUCCAAGCCUCUCAUACAGUCGGGAGUCCCUACCACAGCUGGGCUUCCGUGCGCCCGCUCCACCGCCUCGGAAUCGUUCAUGGCGUUGAAGGCAGAAGCUCCCCUGGUGGACUACAUCGAGGUCUCUUCCUCCGUUUUACGCUUCAAGGAGAAAGAGAAAGCAGCUACGGAUCCUCCGCGGCCCGUCCGUGCCCAGGCCAAGCGAGACGCGGACCCUGUGGGCAGAGGGGAGCACCCGGUUGCAGGGGUCAGCCCGGAAGAGCCAGGCGGCUCCUGGCGGCAGGAGUACCUGAUCGCGGAGGGCUCCGGCCGAGGCCAGCAUGGUGUGUGCAUGGUGUGUGGCGGCCUCCUGAGCGCCUCUGGCCCGGCGGCAGCCCGCAGGCACAUCCGGCAGCAUCACGCCCACUCGCUGGACUUCAGCCUGGAAGAGAAGCGCAACAUCCUCGAGGCCUGGAGCGAAGGGGAGGUGCUCCCGGCGGCAGAGCCUCAGCCCUGCCCCACAGGCAGCCCCAGGGAGAGCAAGCGGCCUGCCGAGAUCGAAGUCCUCCUCGAUCCGGAGGAGCAACCGGCGAGUGGGACACGCAGGCACCCGAAAGCACGCUCUGAGGUGGUCCGCUUAGACCCCGAGCGGCGAUCGCGGGUUCAGCAGAGGAGGCAGAGCUGCAGCACUGCCAAAGACACGAGGAACGCCCAGCCCGUCAAGGCCGCAGGGAAGGAAUGGCUCUCCGAGUGUGGGGUCCCAGGCUCCGCCCCCGCUGAGAUCCGGAUCUUCACGGACGGCACGUUCCCCGCUGGCUUUGCCUUAAAACUCUAUUGCCGGACUCAGCCAGAACCACCCCAGGACGCUGAGGCUAAGCCAAGUACAAGGAAAAGAAGAGUUGAUCGCGACUGCUCCGUGUCCCUGCUGCGGCUGCACUCCACAGACUCUCCCCGCUGCCUCUGCCCCGGCCGGGACGCCCCCCCUUGCCCCCUGGGCCGCUCGGCCGGCAGCAACGCCAAUGACCGCUGCGCCGGACCGGGCCAGCGCGGCGCACCGGCAGGGAAGGAGGACGCGGAUGCCGCCCUCCUGGCCAAGGGUUUCAACCCCGCCUGGCGGGCGCGCUUCCUCAUGGACUUCGACGCCGUCGCUGGCCACUUGGUCUGCAUGGUGUGCGAGUAUCCGCUGCGGCGCCUGUGCCUGGCCACCGUCAAGCGGCACAUCCUGCAGUGCCACGCCGAGACCCUCCACCUGCCCCGGGAGGUCCGACGCACCAUCCGGGAAGUCUGGGAAAGCCGGAGCCAGGCCUCGGCUCAAGCCCCGAGGAAGUGAAGGGACAGCCGGUCCCCGUCCG